GAUACGUACUUCCUUUUUAAAGUGAAAUUAAAGACACUUUCUGUGGGCUGUGCCUGUGCUGAAACGAUUAACAAUCGUGGCUGGGCAAGCGAGACACACCAGAGCUCCCAUGGCCAUGUACGCCACCAACAAUGGCAGCACAAAUAAGGCGCCAAAUAGCAAUGCAACAACGAUGUUUGACAACACAAUAACCGUAACGCCAAUCAAAAUGGAGCUCAGCGAUCCCCUGGCCAAGCCGACGGGAGCUGGAGCAACGCCGUCGCUGCGUCGGCCAAAUGCCGUUAUUGUCACCACACAGCAGCUGGCAAUGCCCAAUGCAAUGCACUCGUUGACAAACAGCAGCAACAGCAACAACAGCGGCAACAACACUAGCAGUGGGAGUGGCAGCAGCAACUCUAGUGCCAUCUAUACGGGCAUAAGUGUGACGUCCAUGUCAACAGUGGCGACGGCGGCAUCGGCGCCCAAGGAGAAGGCAACCAAAGCGACCAGAGUUCAAGUGGCACGCAAACCGCCGCCGACCAUUGACAACUUUUGGCCAAACAUAUUGGGCGAGGUGAACGGGAUUGGUCAGGUGGAUGCCAAACAUCAGGUAUUACCUCUGGCGCGCAUCAAGAAGAUCAUGAAACUGGACGAGAAUGCCAAAAUGAUAGCUGGCGAGGCGCCGCUGCUGUUUGCGAAAGCCUGCGAAUAUUUCAUCCAGGAGCUGACGAUGCGUGCCUGGGUCCACACCGAGGAGAGUCGUCGUCGCACGUUGCAGCGUUCGGAUAUUGCUCAGGCCAUUGCCAACUAUGAUCAAUUUGACUUCCUUAUCGAUAUUGUGCCGCGCGAGGAGAUCAAACCGUCGACAUCAUCAACGCAGAAAACCAAAGAGCCAUCCAGCUCAGGUGUGACAACAACAUCCUCGUCGAAUGCUGCUGCUCCUGCUAAUGCUGGUGCUGCUGUUGGCAAUGCUGUUGCUGUGCCGACAGCAACUGCUGUUGUUAGCAAUACCAACCUGAACAACAUCAACAACAUUAGCAACAACAUCAACAACAUGUCCAGCGUCAAUUUUACAACGAACAAUCUAUUAGCUGGCGCCAAUGUACCUGCUGCUGCUGCUGCGGCCGCCGCUGCUGCAACUGGCCUCAAGCUGGAUGCGGCAACGGCCGAGGUGCUCGGCUUUGGCACCGUCACACCGGAUCUGUUUGCGGCAGCCCAAGUCGCUAGUAGUAAUCACCAGCAGCUGCAGCAGCUCACCGCCCAACAGCAGCAUCAUCAGCCGCAGCAAUUGCAGAUCAUACAGCAGGGAGCCGGUGGCCAGCAAUUGCAAUAUUUUAUUGCCCUGCCUAACCAACAGCCCACUCAGCUAGUGCAGCAAAUCCAUCAACAUCAGCAGCAACAACAUCAGCAACAGCAACAGCUCGGUUUAAAUAUUGUUGCACAGCAGCCGACACAGCAGCUAAUCCUCACCGCUGGACCCAAUGGCCAGUUGACAGCGACGCCGGCGCCGACAACAGCCCAACAGCAGCAAACGGCGCUGCUUCAGAAUCUGGCACAGCAACAUCAGCAACAACAACAACAGCAGCAGCAGCAACAACAACAGCAGCAGCAGCAAAUCCAACUGAUCCAGCAGGUUGUCACACCUAACGGCGAGCUGACCAAUGUGCCCAUUGCGAUAAAUGCGAAUCAGUUGCAUUUGCUGCGUCUGCAGAUGCAACAGCAGCAACAACAGCAGCAGCAGCAAGUUGCUGCAGUGCAAGCGGCGGCAGCAGCAGCGGCAGCAGCUGCGCAACAGCAGCAGCAACAGCAGCAAGUGAUUAUCCCAACGCAAUUGUUAACCGCACAGCAGAUAUUGCAAUUGGGCGGCACGCCAACAAAUGCAACAACUGUGACACAGCAGCAGAUGCAACUGCACCAACAACACAUCACAUCCACAUUGGACCACUAUAUUUCAGCUCAUAUAGCUUUCAACGGAACACUCGGUUCGAGUUUCUUUCAUUUUUAG